UUUUACACUUGGCUUCUAAACUCAGCUCUACUCCAGCACUAGAAGGGCACUCAGUAGUCUAACAGCACAAAGGGCUUCGUCUGUUUUACCCACCAGCACCAGGAAGAUCUCAAUUGACUGAGGACGGUGUCACACUCUGCAUCGAAAAGAGGUGUACAUUUUCACUCUCCUGACAGUUUGGAACUUUAACUAUAAAACGAAACAGGAAUAAGCCUCUUUCUUGAAAAUGUCAAAACAGCCAGCUUCAAAUGUCAGAAGUAUUCAGGCGAAUAUCAAUAUCCCAAUGGGAGCACUUUUACCUGGGGCAGGCCAACCACCUAAAAGAAAAGAAUUCACUGAAACUGAUGAGAGUGUUCCACCUCCAGGAGAAGAAGAAAAGAAAAAGACCCUUCCAGGGGCCAAGAAGCUGCCAGGUCCUGCUGUUAACCUCUCAGAGAUUCAGAAUGUGAAGAGUGAGCUGAAAUUUGUCCCAAGAGCUGAACAGUAACAGAAAUAGAAAGAACACAUCCGUUGCUAUAGCGCGCUGUCUGUCUAGAACAUAUGGAGAAGAUAAAUGGAUUACAAUCAAGAAAGAUGGCUGAAAUAAUUUAUAUAUUUAUACCAGCAUCCAAAGAACAAAAACCUUCACAGAAAUAUCUUUGCACAUUUACAUUAACUUGUUAUUUAUUUUGCUGAUUGUAAAGUGUAUGAGUGAUACAACAGUACAAAAAUACAUAUGUACAUAUUCAGGAAGUGAAUUUGAUCAGAUGAGUAGCAAUAAAUGUAGUAUAAUUGUAAACACA